UCCCAUUUCCGCACGCCCCACGCCGCACGCGCAGCCACCCCCACCGCAUCCUUCCCCAUCCCCUAGGGUUUAACCGCUCGCAACACCCGCCGCGCCUCUCGAAGCAUGUCGGCGCCGCUGUCGCUCAAGCCCCCGGCCACAGCCGGCCCCGUCCCCGCCACGGCCGUUGCUCCCCGCGCGGCUGCCGCCCUCCCCGGCGCCUCUGCCCGCACGACUCGGCGCCUCCGGUGCUCUGUCGCCGCCGCCGGAGUUUCCACCGAGAUGUCUGCUGCUUGCCUGGACUGGGCGGAAAAGUCGCUGGAGGAGCUGCGCAGCUUGCCGGACAACGACACGUUCUGCCUGAUGGCGCUGUCACCGCUGGACGGGCGGUAUGAUCGCUUCAUAAAGGACCUGAUGCCCUUCUUCAGCGAGUUCGGCCUUAUCAGAUACCGUGUCCUCAUCGAGGUCAAGUGGCUACUGAAACUUUCUCAAAUUCCUGAGAUCACUGAGGUGCCGCCAUUCAGUGAGGAGGCCCAGCUCUUCUUGAACGAGAUUAUCCUGGGUUUUAGCAUUGAUGAUGCGAAAGAAGUAAAGAAAAUCGAGAAAAUAACCAACCACGACGUGAAAGCUGUCGAGUACUUUCUGAAGCAGAGAUGCAGCUCAAAUCCAGAGAUUGCUAAGGUGUCAGAGUUCUUCCAUUUUGGAUGUACCUCUGAAGAUAUCAACAAUUUGUCACAUGCACUGGCUUUGAAAGAGGGGGUAAAUACAGUUAUGUUCCCUACCAUGAUUGACAUAUGCAAAGCAAUGUGUUCCUUAGCAACACAAAAUUCAGUCCACUCUAUGUUGGCUCGAACUCAUGGGCAGCCAGCAUCACCAACAACUGUAGGAAAAGAGAUGGCAAACUUUGCAGCCAGAUUAUCUGAUAUUGGGAAAAGUUUCUCAGAGGUGAAGAUACUAGGGAAAUUUGCUGGUGCUGUUGGAAAUUACAAUGCUCAUGUGGUUGCAUAUCCAGAAGUUGACUGGCCUAAGGUGGCAGAAGAUUUUGUCAUAUCCUUGGGUUUGCAGUUUAAUCCUUAUGUUACUCAGAUUGAGCCUCAUGACUACAUAUCAAAGCUCUUCAAUCUUUUUACCCAGUUCAACAAUGUGUUGACUGAUUUUGACAGAGACAUGUGGUCCUACAUAUCAUUAGGCUACUUCAAGCAGAUAGCAAAGGCUGGUGAAGUUGGUUCUUCUACAAUGCCUCAUAAAAUCAAUCCCAUUGAUUUUGAAAAUAGUGAUGGCAAUUUAUGUUUGGCAAAUGCUAUUUUAUCUGCUAUAAGCAUGAAACUGCCAAUAUCCCGGUUGCAGCGUGAUCUGACAGACUCAACUGUUUUGAGAAACUUGGGUGUUGGAUUAGGACAUUCGCUAUUGGCUUACAAAGCUACAAUGCGGGGAAUCAGCAAGGUCCAGGUGAAUGAAUCACGUUUAGCUGAAGACCUGGAGCAAACUUGGGAGGUCCUUGCCGAGCCAAUACAGACAGUGAUGCGAAGAUAUGGAAUACCUGAACCUUAUGAGAAGCUGAAGGAACUGACUAGAGGCCAAGCUGUCACCAAGGACAGCAUGCAGCAAUUCAGUGAUGGCCUCGAUGUACCGGAGGAGGUGCGAGCAAAACUUUCGAAGCUAACGCCACAUUCUUAUACUGGACUAGCAGAGAAUUUGGCCAGAGAUAUUGAGAAGUGGGUUGAUCUAGAAUCUGGAUUUAAGAUCAAGUGAGCUUCCACCUGCUGUUACUCGGUAAUCUUCUCCAUAUUUUUUUUGACAACGACGGCACAACAAUAACAGGAGGAACCUAGUGAACAUUGCCAUGUAUUGUGGCCUUCAAGGAUUGUCAGCCAUGCUAAUUUACCUGGUACUCAUUAUAAAGAUUUUGGGUACGUGUGAAAUGCGGCUUAUGGAAUCGUGCCAACUGUAUCUUGAGAGGAAAUUAUCAAGUAAGAAAAUUGCUCGCUUUUUUUUAGUUAGGAGUUGUUUUGCAGCGCUCUGAUACACUCUGACCCUACAAGUUAUUAUGGGUUCCAGAAACAAGCCAAAGUA